GACAGACCUAAUAGGCUUAGGGAAUAGUACCAUAGUAAAGAAAACAGAAAUAAGUAAGGCUCUUGUUUUCUUGAAAUAUAUUCAGGUAGGAGAGAUGGAUAAUAAAUAAGUAAACUAAACACCUAAACAAGAUUAAUUAAAGAUAAUAUUUCCUGUUUUGCAGAAAUGGAGCAAGAGCCACAAAAUGGAGAACCUGCUGAAAUUAAGAUGAUCAGGGAAGCAUACAAGAAGGCCUUUUUAUUUGUUAAUAAAGGACUGAAUACAGAUGAAUUAGGUCAGAAGGAAGAAGCAAAGAACUACUACAAACAAGGAAUAGGACACCUGCUCAGAGGAAUCAGCAUUUCAUCAACAGACCCUGAACGAACAGGCCCUGGGUGGGAAUCUGCUAGACAGAUGCAACAGAAGAUGAAAGAAACACUACAGAAUGUACGCACCAGGUUGGAAAUUCUAGAGAAGGGUCUUGCCACUUCUCUACAGAAUGAUCUUCAGGAGGUGCCCAAGUUAUAUCCAGAAUUUCCACCAAAAGACCUGUGUGAAAAGUCACCAGAACCUCAGUCCUUUAGUUCACCACCUCAGCAUGCUGAAAUAAAUGGAAACACUCCAACUACAAGUGCAGGAGCAGUUGCUGCAUCUGCUUCUCUGUCCUUACCAUCUCAAAGUUGUCCAGCAGAAGCUCCUCCUGCUUAUACUCCUCAGGCUGCUGAGGGUCACUACACUGUAUCCUAUGGAACAGAUUCUGGGGAGUUUUCAUCAGUUGGAGAAGACUUUUAUAGGAAUCAUUCUCAGCCACCUCCUCUUGAGACCUUAGGGCUAGAUCCAGUUUCAGAAGAAAAAGCAAAAGAAUUACCUGAAUGGAGUGAGAAAGUGGCUCAAAACAUUUUGUCAGGUGCUUCCUGGGUGAGCUGGGGUUUAGUCAAAGGUGCUGAAUUUACUGGCAAAGCAAUCCAGAAAGGUGCUUCUAAACUCCGAGAACGGAUUCAACCAGAAGAAAAACCAGUGGAAGUUAGUCCAGCUGUCACCAAGGGACUUUAUAUAGCGAAGCAGGCUACAGGAGGAGCAGCAAAAGUCAGUCAAUUCCUGGUUGAUGGAGUUUGCACAGUAGCAAAUUGUGUUGGAAGAGAACUAGCUCCACACGUCAAGAAGCAUGGAAGCAAACUUGUUCCAGAAUCUCUUAAAAAAGACAAAGAUGGGAAAUCUCCCCUGGAUGGUGCUAUGGUUGUAGCAGCAAGUAGUGUUCAAGGAUUUUCAACUGUCUGGCAAGGAUUGGAAUGUGCAGCUAAAUGCAUUGUUAACAACGUUUCAGCAGAAACUGUACAAACUGUCAAAUACAAAUACGGGCAUACUGCUGGAGAAGCUACACACAGUGCAGUGGAUUCUGCUGUCAACGUUGGCGUCACUGCCUAUAACAUUAACAACAUUGGUAUCAAAGCAAUGGUGAAGAAAACUGCAACACAAACAGGACACACUCUUCUUGAGGACUAUCAAAUAGUUGAUAAUUCUCAGAAGGAAAAUCAAGGAGCAGCAAAUGUAAACAUGAGAGGGGAGAAAGAUGAGCAGACGAAGGAAGGAAAGAAGAAUGAGGCAAAGAGGAAAGAUAAAUGAUGGAAGUUCUGGGAAUUGCCUAUACCAAAGCCUUAUGAGAUGGAUGAAAUUUUGUUAAAUAGGCACAUGUGGAAUUCCCCACAGAUAUAACCAGUGUUUUUUAAAUGUAUUCAUUCCUACAAAGUGAUAAAUUUUGUGGCAUGUAUUCUACUUAUAAGGAGAAGAAUUAGUAUUCUUGCAUCUAGCUUUUAGAAAUAUGAAGUUAUAUUCUCCAUAAGUUUAUUUUUUUCCAAAUGUAGCUAAAAUAUUUUUGCAGUUAAAGCUAACGAUG